UUUGUCAGUCUGUGUCACUCGAAUUUAUGUCUGUUCGAUUUGUUUAUGGCUUUCGAUCUGAUUAAUCCCCCGACGCCUUGUGUUUUUGUUUUCUUCUGCUGCUUACAUGUGGGCCCGCCUUGUUGCAGUCACAUUUGUAUUUCGGGAGCCGCACCCUUUACCUUUCCCAUCCCGCAGAUUCAUUUCAACGCGUCCUCCAUUUUUUAUCUCGGGCGGAGCUCUCUAGGUGCGGCGAUUCGUAGGAUCUCGAUCCGAUCUCUUCUCGUCGCUUCUAUUUGACCAGUUUAUUUCGUUCGAUUCGUUUGUCAGUUUAUUUGUUCAGUUUGAUUCAGCCGUUUUCACCUUUGUCUCCAUCGUUCUCGGAUCUGAGGAGGACUUGUUCUCCAAAUUUCUCGCCUCUGAGAUCUAUGGAUUUAGGUACUGGCAGUGGUACUGGCAAGGAGAAGGCGCGGAUCAGCGGCGCCGGGAGGUCAUCGUCAUCGUCAGGGAGGAAGAAGGUGAGCAGGCCGCGGUUCGCGUUCCAGACGCGAAGCGCCAACGACAUCCUGGACGACGGCUACCGGUGGAGGAAGUACAGCGCCCACCCCAGGGGCACCGGCCGCUGCCGUGAAGCGCGGGGACUGCUGGGCGCGCGGGUAGCUGCCCGCUUGCCGCCGCUGGUGGAGUGCGCGGGCCGCCGACGGCCGCCGCGGGAGCCGUGGAGCGCGUGGGCCGCCGCCGAGGAGCACGGGAGCCAGCCGUCGGAGCCGGCCGUGGUGAUUUUUUUCUUUUUUUCUUAGUUUUCAGAUGCAUGUGGGAUUGUAUAUCUUGUAUCUAUCUUGUGAUUGAUUCUUUGAAUGAUUUGUGGGAUCUAUGGAUUUUGCAUCAAUCGAUUCAUACACUUUCGUUGA